ACCAUAGCUUGCUUGAGUGGACGUUGUCGACCGCUGGAUCCCAGCCCCUGGUCGGAAAUUCAGCCCUUCGAGGGCGGUCGGGCCGAGCCAAUGACUGGCUCUCCCAUCCAAGCGGAAGCUGACCAGCUUGCUCCCUUCAUCACUCUGACCGAAGCAAUGAAGGAAAAGAACGACGUCGUCUCUCGCCUCACCGAUACGUCCAAGUAUACGGGCUCUCACAAGGAGCGUUUCGCUGCCGACGGGACCGGAAAGGGGCUCGCCGGGCGACAGAACAUCGUCGUCAACGACGGCAGCACCAGCUCUGCCGCACGCAACCACGAGGUUACCGACUCUGGCUCCAACUCAAAUCUGAAAAGGGCUGGCUCAAAGCCCGUGGCGAAGCCCAAAACCAACGAGGAGACCUACGGAGUGACUCCUCCAAAGAUCCUGCUCUUCCAGUAUGCCGACAAGAACCACGCUGGCGAGAAGCUGGUCUUGACCAAACAAAAGUACCCGACAUUCAAGCAGCUGUACUUCAGCCUGACCCGGCGACGGCGAUUCAAGCGACUCGAUCUCUACGGCAAGCGACAGCGCACUGUCCACGAGAUGUGCAAGCAAGUCAUCGACCAGGCACCAAGGGAGACCGAAGUGGUGUGCUCACAUUGCCGGGAAGCCAAGCGACUCGAGAAGGUCGAGCAUCUUGAUAUCGAGAAACCACACUUUGUCCGGAGCUGUGCAAGCUGCCAUACGCUGUGGGAUCGAGACAUCAAUGCCUCAAGGAACAUGAUCUCGAUCACCCCGCCAGGAAAGCCCAAGCUCAUUCUUGACCGCUCGCUGAAGGAGAUCAAGCCGCUUGAUGAGAUCCUGGACGGAGAGAGGUACCUCGUUGUUACUUCGGCCGACCGAGCCAAGAUUGACGAGUCCAAGAUCCCAUCAGCUUUCAAGGCCUAG